AUGGCAGACCCCACUACAGACCCCGAAAUCUCAUUCACCCAAAUCGACGUUGAUCUCGACAUUCAAGAUAUUCUCCUCACAGCAUCUCAGCAUGAUAUCCCCAAGCUGCGCCGUUUAGUGCGCACACAAUCCGCCCUCCCAGACGCUUCUAACGUCAAAGACCCAGAAACAGGCUAUACACCCCUUCACUCUGCCAUUGCAGCAUGUGAGCUUGAGGCCGAAACAGAGACAGAGGACGCAAAGAAACAAGAGGAACAUGCGGAACUCUUGAAGAGCGGUGCUGAGACUGUGAGGUUUCUGCUGCAGGAGGGUGCUAUCUGGAAUGAUCUCGAUAACAAUGAUGAGACACCUGGUUGUCUUGCGAGACGCAUCGGGGCCACGGAGCUCUAUGAUAUGAUUGUCGAUGCAGGUGUACGGGCUGAGAUGCUACUUAGUCGGUUGGAGGGGUACGAGGAGUUGUCUGAUGGGGACGACGAGGACGAGGAAGAGGAAGGAGAAGAAGGUGCCGAAGCUACUCAGACUGAAGCCCAAGCGGGAGUAGAGGUUGAACUUGAAGGUGAUGCGCCAGAACUGGUAGACGCAUCUGAGGCACAUGUUGCUGUUGCUACGACUACCGGGGAGAGGCUUGCGAACCCCUCUGUUUCAAACACCGGAUAUCUCGAUUCAUCACUGAAUAUCACCACGGACCGAAUUCUAGACGCAGACCAGAACGGCGUCAUGAUGAGCUGGGAGAGCUCUAUUAUGAAGAAGUCAGCGCAAAACCUCCUCCCGCGGCCUGGACUGAAGGUGCUCAAUGUCGGGCAUGGAAUGGGAAUUGUCGACGGCUUCUUUCAGGAGCAGAGUCCCGCGGCGCAUCAUAUUAUUGAGGCGCAUCCGGACGUUGUUGUUGAGAUGAAGAAGCGCGGAUGGGAUAGUAAGCCUGGUGUUGUAAUCCAUGAGGGGAGGUGGCAGGAUAUUCUACCUGGGCUUAUUGAGUCUGGGGAGACUUUUGAUGCUGUUUAUUAUGAUACGUUUGCAGAGUCGUAUGCUGAUUUCCGGGACUUUUUCUCGGAGCAGGUUAUUGGGUUGUUGGAGCAGGAGGGCAAGUGGGGAUUCUUUAAUGGGAUGGGGGCUGAUCGACAGAUCUCGUAUGAUGUUUAUCAGAAGGUUGCUGAGAUGGAUCUCUUUGAGGCUGGGUUUGAUGUUGAGUGGGAGGAUAUUCCAGUGCCCAAGCUUGAUGGCGAAUGGGAGGGUGUAAGGAGAGCAUACUGGGUUGUAGAUAAUUAUCGUUUGCCGCUUUGUCGGUUUAUGGACUAG